CCUCCGGUCCCCUGGUCCCCUGUUGAACAAGCAGUGAGUAAAUGUGGGUGACACAGACAUUUGUGGUUUCAGCAACAAGGACAAGGAGGGCAGGAGACGAGGGACGCCUCCUGGAGACAAACCUAAAGACCAGGAGGUGAAGAUGAGCGCCAAAAAAGAUGGAGGUGGAAGUGGAGGAGGAGCAGCAGCAGCAGCAGCAGGAGGAGGAGGAGGAGGAGGAGGAGGCAGCAAGGAGGAGAAGAAGAAGCGCCUGGAGGAAGAGAAGAAGAAAAAGGAGGAGAAGGAGCGGCGGAAGAAGGAGGAGGAGAAGCAGAAAGAGGAUGAGGAGCUGAAGAAGAAGGAGGAGGAGGAGAAGAGGCAGCAGGAGGAAGAGGAGAAGAAGGUUCAGGAGGAGGAGGCCAAACGCCAGAAGGAGGAGGAAGCCACUCUGCUGAAGGAGAGGGAGGAGGGCGAGCAGCUGCAGCAGGAGGCCUGGGAGCGCCACCAGGUGAGGAAGGAGCUGCGCAGCAGGAACCAGAGCGCGGCGGACGGCCGGCCGGAGGAGGCCUUCUUCGGCCGGCUGGACUCCAGCCUGAAGAAGAACACGGCCUUCGUCAAGAAGCUGCGCACGCUGACCGAGCAGCAGCGCGACGCGCUGUCCCACGACUUCUCCUCGCUCAACCUCAGCAAGUACAUCGGCGAGGCGGUGGCGUCCGUGGUGGAGGCCAAGCUGAAGAUCUCCGACGUGGGCUGCGCCGUGCACCUGUGCUCGCUCUUCCACCGGCGCUACGCCGACUUCGCGCCGCUGCUGCUGCAGGCCUGGAAGAAGCACUUCGAGGCGCGCCGCGAGGAGAAGGCGCCCAACGUGAGCAAGCUGCGCACCGACCUGCGCUUCAUCGCCGAGCUCACCGUGGUGGGCCUGUUCACCGACAGGGAGGGCCUGUCGCUCAUCUACGAGCAGCUCAAGAACAUCAUCGGCGCCGACCGCGAGACGCACACGCACGUGUCGGUGGUCAUCAGCUUCUGCAAGCACUGCGGCGACGACGUGGCCGGCCUGGUGCCGCGCAAGGUCCGGCUGGCGGCCGAGCGCUUCGGCCUGGCCUUCCCGCCCAGCGAGAUCAUCGGCGCCGAGAAGCAGCAGCCCUUCCAGAACCUGCUGCGGGAGUACUUCACCUCGCUCGCCAAGCACCUGAAGAAGGACCACCGCGAGCUGCAGAACAUCGAGAGGCAGAACAGGCGGAUCCUGCACUCCAAAGGCGAGCUGAGCGAGGACCGCCACAAGCAGUACGAGGAGUUCGCCACGUCGUACCAGAAGCUGCUGGCCAACAGCCAGACGCUGGCCGACCUGCUGGACGAGAACAUGCCGGAGCUGCCGCCGGACAAGACGGUGCAGGAGGAACACGGACCGGGCAUCGACAUCUUCACCCCCGGGAAGCCUGGAGACUACGACCUGGAGGGGGGCAUCUGGGAGGACGAGGACGCCCGCAACUUCUACGAGAACCUGGUGGACCUGAAGGCCUUCGUCCCCGCCAUCCUCUUCAAGGACAACGAGAAGAGCGUCCCGGGCCGGGACCGGGACGAGACCAGAGACGGCAGAGAGACCCGGGACCCGGCCGGUGCCGCCGAGGACCUGGAGCUGGAGUUGGAGGCCCUGGACAUCGGGGACGAGCCGCUGGAGCUGGACGGACAGGACGAGGCGGACACCGAGGAGCUGGCCAAGAAGCUGCUGGACGAGCAAGAGCAAGAGGACGAGGAGGCCAGCACUGGGUCCCACCUGAAGCUCAUCGUGGACGCCUUCAUCCAGCAGCUGCCCAACUGCGUCAACAGAGACCUGAUAGACAAGGCCGCCAUGGACUUCUGCAUGAACAUGAACACCAAGUCCAACAGGAGGAAGCUGGUUCGAGCCCUGUUCACCGUCCCCAGACAGCGGCUGGACCUGCUGCCCUUCUACUCCCGCCUGGUGGCCACGCUGCACCCCUGCAUGUCCGACGUGGCCGAGGACCUGUGCUCCAUGCUGAAGGGGGACUUCAGGUUUCAUAUCCGUAAGAAGGAUCAGAUCAACAUCGAGACCAAAAACAAAACGGUGAGGUUCAUCGGGGAGCUGGCCAAGUUCAAGAUGUUCUCCAAAACCGACACACUCCACUGCCUGAAGGUGAGCUCUCUGAGCAGCCUCUUUUUCACUUCGGUUCUUCAGCGGUCAGCGCGGCGCCUCGCAGUUCCUCCAGGUUCUCUAAGAACCAGCUGGAAGGAGGGGUGUGAGAACGGUCCCGGGUUCUCUCUGAGCUUCAGACCACGACCUGCCUCAGCGCUUCAGCCGGAGUCCAGCUUCAGUUCCUGCGGUUCUGUUGGGUCUCCCUGUGGCUCUGGCGGUUCUGUUGGGUCUCCCUGUGGCUCUGGCGGUUCUGUUGGGUCUCCCUGUGGCUCUGGCGGUUCUGUUGGGUCUCCCUGUGGCUCUGGCGGUUCUGUUGGGUCUCCCUGUGGCUCUGGCGGUUCUGUUGGGUCUCCCUGUGGCUCUGGCAGUUCUGUUGGGUCUCCCUGUGGCUCUGUUGGGUCUCCCUGUGGCUCCGGCGGUUCUGUUGGGUCUCCCUGUGGCUCUGGCGGUUCUGUUGGGUCUCCCUGUGGCUCUGAUGGUUCUGUUGGGUCUCCCUGUGGCUCUGAUGGUUCUGUUGGGUCUCCCUGUGGCUCUGGCGGUUCUGUUGGGUCUCCCUGUGGCUCUGAUGGUUCUGUUGGGUCUCCCUGUGGCUCUGAUGGUUCUGUUGGGUCUCCCUGUGGCUCUGAUGGUUCUGUUGGGUCUCCCUGUGGCUCUGGCGGUUCUGUUGGGUCUCCCUGUGGCUCUGACGGUUCUGUUGGGUCUCCCUGUGGCUCUGAUGGUUCUGUUGGGUCUCCCUGUGGCUCUGGCGGUUCUGUUGGGUCUCCCUGUGGCUCUGAUGGUUCUGUUGGGUCUCCCUGUGGCUCUGAUGGUUCUGUUGGGUCUCCCUGUGGCUCUGGCGGUUCUGUUGGGUCUCCCUGUGGCUCUGAUGGUUCUGUUGGGUCUCCCUGUGGCUCUGGCGCGUUGGGACGACGCUGGUCUCUGGAGAACCGGCGGGUUCUGUGCGCUGACGCUCCGGGGUUCUGUGCAGGUCUGGCCAUGGAGAAGGACGGCCGGUCCAGCGCCAUGAGCGAAGGCGAGGUUCUGGACGAGGAGGAGGACGACGACGAGGAGGAGGGCGGAGCCGAGACCGAGGAGCAGUCGGGCAACGAGAGCGAGAUGAACGAGCAGGAGGAGGACGACGGCUCUGAGAACGAGGAAGAGGAGCGCGACGAGGAGGAAGAGGAGAACACCGACUACCUGACCGACUCCAACAAGGAGAACGAGACGGACGAGGAGAACAACGAGGUCACCAUCCGCGGCGGCGGGCUGAAGCACGUGGCCUGCGCCGAGGACGAGGACUUCAUCCAGGCUCUGGACAAGAUGAUGCUGGAGAACCUGCAGCAGCGCAGUGGGGAGACGGUGAAGGUGCACCAGCUGGACGUGGCCAUCCCGCUGCAGCUGAAGAGCCAGCUGAGGAAAGGCGGCUCGGCGCCGCCGAGCAUCGGAGAGGGCGAGUCCGACGCCGCCGACACCAUGCAGUUCGUCAUGCUGACGCGCAAGGGCAACAAGCAGCAGUAUAAGAUCCUGAACGUCCCGCUGUCGUCCCACCUGGCGGCCAACCACUUCAACCAGCAGCAGGCGGAGCAGGAGGAGCGUCUGCGGAUGAAGAAGCUGACGCUGGACAUCAACGAGCGGCAGGAGCAGGAGGACUACCAGGAGAUGAUGCAGUCCCUGGCUCAGCGUCCGGCGCCGGCCAACACCAACCGGGAGCGCCGUCCUCGCUACCAGCACCCGAAGGGCGCGCCCAACGCAGACCUCAUCUUCAAGACCGGGGGAAGGAGACGCUGAUGGGAGUCUGUCUCCGGCCGAGCGAGCAAGAGAGACAGAGAGAGAGAGAGAAGAUCGGAGGGCAGCCGGUCCUCAACCAGCAAGAGAGAGAGAGAGAGAGAGAGUCCUCCAGGCACCUGUUGACCCGCCAGCAGACCGGAACCUGGGAGGAGGAAGAGGAGGAGAAGAGGAGGAGGAAGAGGAGGAGGAAGAGGAGGAGGAAGAGGAGAAGAGGCGGCGGCGGCGGCGAGGGCGCCUUUCCUGUUUCGUCUGUUUCUGUCUGAGAUGACAAACAAAUUAAAAGCCAGAACUCAUAACAACGACCUGCGGAGCGGCGGCGGAGGCGGAGCGGAGGCGUGGCCAGACAGGAAGAGGCGGGGUCAGCUCCUCCGUCACGCCCAGACACGUGAAAGACAAACGCCGGACGGAGCGGGAAGUUUGGGUUGUAGUUUAGUUCUCUCUUUCUCGGGACGCCUUCUGGCGGGACGUCUGAUGGACGGAAGACGGCGUCCCACCGGGCCGCCGGAGGUCGCCGAGUGGGUCGGAGUGGCGGGUUCUGCGGCGUCCGUGGACGGAUCGGUGGAUCAGUGGACUGCUCGUCACUGCAGUGAUCACAGCUCUUCUUCUUGCAUGUAAUUUGACACCAGCCUCGCCGUAGGACUUCGUCUGAGCUCCGUCUUGUCCCGGAUGUCCUUCUGUCGACGCUCCAGCAGCGCAGCGCCGGUCUGCUGGCAGGUCAUUUGACACCAGCCUCGUUGAGAAGCGGAACGUUGCUGAUUUCCACCGUUUGCUUGGAGUUCAGGAGAAGAAGAACCGACGCCAGCGUUCUGCUUUUUCUUUCUUCUUUGCUGGAGAAACUCUCCACGCGUGAACUUGCAUGUAAUUUGACCUCAGCCUCUUUGUUCAGACAUCUUUCCUGGCUCAUCUUGUUUCGUGGUUGGCUGAUGGUAUGUGUAGUUUGACACCAGCCUCGUGGUCAGCAACGCCGCUAUUGAGACUUUAUUUUGACGCCACAUUAAAUAAAUGUUUUGUCUUUUGAUGGAA